UUUCCGUAGAAUCAGAACCUCAAGCUGCCUGCCAAUCGAAUGGGUCAUACAGUUGCCAGUUGUCUAGAGAGCGAGACGUAGCGAACAUGUUCAGCCAUUGCAGCAAUAGUCUCGCUGGCCUGUUAAUCGGCCUAGUGAUCUGUCAAAGUGCUUCUGUGGAGUGGGUGCGCAUUAAAAAGGACACACGUGAUAUAUCAUCGGAUAAGUUCAAGCCUCUGCAGCCCUCAUCAAAAAAUGAAAAUGAGGCACCAAUGACCGUAAACAAUGACACAAACUAUCAUUCGGAUUUUCAAGAGCACUCAACGGCGCAGGCUCAUGCUAAAGUAGCUCCCUGGGAAGGAAAUAAUGAGGAUAGGUCAUGGCCACCCACAUCGAGAUUUCCCGCACCAAGUCGCUUUAAUUACCCCGAACGGCUGCCCUUUCCAGCAGACAGAUUUAUUACGCCCAACUCUGGAUCCUCAUUCGAGACGCGCGUUGACCCGUUUGUCGGCGGCCAUAGAAUCAGUGGUCCUUCGAGAUUAGGUCAAACUGUUUUUGGAGAAAGCGGUUUCAGUGGUCCGAUGCCUCUGAGCAUACAUACGGGCCAACGCCUGUCUACGAGUAGUGGAUUCUUCAAUCCCAUUAACAAUUUCGGUGAAUCUGGUUUUGGUGGCGACUCUGCCAAUAAUUACUAUCGCUCGGAAUCGUAUCGCUACAGCUCAGACGGUAGCGGGCCACCUCACGUUCAGCAAAGCGUAUACGACAGUCGCUUUGGAAAUGACUUAUCGAAUCGAAAGUUUUAACGAAUAACUUCCAGGAACUCAAAUUCUAAAUCGUCUUAAACAAAAUGCGUAAUUCAGCGCAAUAAUGAACUGAUAAGUUUCCGCAUUCAUUGAUUGCACAAUUUCAAAUCGGUAAAGAUUAAGCAUACAGAAAUGUAACGGUAAUCAACAAGCAUUUAGCCUACUGAAAAUAUAUACAACACUGAAUAAAAUAUAAGCGAAAAUUCA